UUCUCGUUUUCGCUUCAAUUUCUACGCCCGCCUAAAAGCUCUCCCCGUUAAAUGCGCAGUCAGAGCGGAACGAUCGCUGUGGCGGUGCUGCUGCUGCUCCUGCUGACGGCUGCGUCGACUGGAGUGGAGGCAGAGCUACAGUCGGCUGGGGAGUCCUCCGGGGUUAGCACUCUGCCUCCGGGUGCCGAGCAGCCCCGCCGGGUAGUGAAGCGAGCGCCAACAUCCAGCUUCAUCGGGAUGCGCGGCAAGAAGGAUGAUGAACGCGACACAGAGUCCUCGGAUAUCACGGACGGCAACUGGCUGGGAAACGGACCCGAUCCGCUGGACUAUGCCGAUCUGGAUACCUACUACUCCGAGAACGGACGGCGGCUGAAGAAGGCACCGCUGGCUUUUGUGGGCAUGCGGGGCAAGAAGUUCAUCCCGAUGAGUGUCCGCCUGUCCGGUGUCCUUCAGCACAUGGAGGAGGAGCGGCUGCGGGAAGGCCUGUUGCAGGAUUUCCUAAACAGCCUGACAGACGUGAAUGGAGCUGGCGAUGUUGAAAAGCGGGCUCCUACCGGAUUCAACGGCAUGCGAGGGAAGCGGCCGGCCCUGAACGGUGAUGAAGGCGAAGAGGAGGAGGCCAUGGAGCUGCUGCAGAAACGGGCGCCUAUCAACUCUUUUGUGGGCAUGCGCGGCAAGAAGGAUGUCUCCCACCAGCACUACAAGCGGGCGGCUCUUUCAGAGUUCUGGCACACUUUCUUUAAAAAGGCGUACGAUGUGAGGGGAAAGAAGCAACGGUUCGCGGACUUCAACAACAAAUUCGUGGCGGUGAGAGGAAAGAAAAGCGAGCAGGACGGAGACGGAACCGGAAACUGGGAGGCCAUUGGUCAGCAGCAAUAUCUGGUGCAUCCCUGGCUCAAUGUUUGGGGCGACAAGCGGGCACCGAAUGGCUUUUUGGGAAUGCGAGGCAAGCGCCCAGCACUAUUUGAAUAAGCGGGUUUACCCAAAAAAAAAACGAUCGUGAUGGAAGUUCCUCUUAGAGCUACAAAACUAGGCAAAGAUGAAAAGGAUUAAGAAAUCGGAUCGGAAGAGCAGAGACGACGGAUUCAAGAAGGACUAAAAUAGUGUUUUAAAUAAUCACAGGGCUGGGGAUUAUUUCAAAACACGAGUACACUGACACCGACGCACAGAAACAAUGCUAAGAUAUAAUCUUUUCAAUAUCAACCUAAUGCCAAUUACGUAAUGUUAAUGUAAAUGUAAUUAAAGUUGAAAGAAACUUCACGAAUUAGGUGGGUUCAUUUAAACUAUUUGCAUAUCUAGGUGUACAAUCUUGAUCAAAACUAUAAGUAUCUUAAAUAAUGCACCAUGAAAACGACAUACAAGAAACGAGGAUACAUUCAUUUACUUUCAUAAUUACUUUGUGGUACUCCGGCGUAUACAAGAAGUAUCUAGACACUUACACACAUAGCACCAAUUAAUAUUGUAAAUAAUGUAUGGUAAUAAAAUAAAUAAAUAUUUAUUUCAAAAA